CUAGAUGCCUUAUAGUGGGAAAUCGAGUCCCCCUAACGGUUUCCCAUAUUAUCUACGAAAUAAUUAGGCCGGACCCGGAUAGGUCCGGUGGAGUGGGUCUGCAUGAACAAUUGAAAGUCACGUGCUGAUAUGAUAAGGCAUGGAGGAAUCAGAAAUUUGAGCUUCGCUACGACUUCGAAGAGCACGCACGCAAGCCAAGUCGAGAGAGUGUGCGCAAAUGGCCAAAAUGGAGUCCAGUCACAGUCCCAAGAGGCGCAAGGUCUCUUCCACUGGGGAUACUCUGAGCUCUCGUAAUGCGACUGCUCUGGCCACGGCGAGCCCCUUCGUGCUCCAGACCGAGGAGCUGCUGAAGGAGGUCAAAGUCGACUACUCAACUGCAUUCAAGGACGCCGACGCUCUGCUGAAGCAAUUGAAAGAUGUGAUCGAGGGCAUCCCUUCCCUAGACCCAGUUCCUAUCUCAGAUGCGACACAGAAGUUUCAAAAGAAACAUCAAAUUAAAAUACCCUACCCGGACCCGAGACCGGCCGCUGACGCACCGUACAAGCUUGCAUGCGCCAAGCCGAUUUCCUUCAACGUCGUAGGGAGCUAUGUGUCGAAGACUAUGACCAAGGCCCAGCCGCUCAAGGCCAUCGACAUGAUCGUCCAAAUGCCACAGUCCCUCUUUCAAGAGAAGGACUUUCAGAACAUGCGCUAUUUCUACAGAAGGGCGUACUACAUUGCGAACAUCGCUGCCGGCGUGCGCAGUAAGAUGGGGUCGUCCGUGCAGUUGGAGUUCGACAACUUGAAUGAAAAUAACUUGCUACCCAUCCUCUCGAUCCGCCCUACCGGAGCUGAAGUCGACAGCGAAACUAAUUCUGCCAACGGCGAUGACGACAAGCAGCCCGUCGAUUAUACCAUUCGUGUCAUCCCGUGCGCACCCGAAGGCUUGUUUCCCAAGUCCAAGCUGCUACCGUCAACAAACUCCGUCAAGUUAGGGCAGGCGGACAUGCCUACGCCGUUUUAUAAUUCUACAAUCAAGGCGGAGGAAAUCUUCGUGACGUACCUGCGGGUUCUGGCCCGCGCGAGGAACCAGUGCGCUGCCUUCUCGGAUGCAUGUAUUCUCGGCAGGGUCUGGCUGCAGCAGCGCGGGCUGGGCGGAUCCAUCUCCAAGGGAGGAUUCGGUCAUUUCGAGUGGGCCAUCAUUAUGGCCCUGCUCCUGCAAAAAGGUGGCAGGAACGGUCAACCAGCUUUGUCUUCUGCUCUGAGCAGCACGGAACUUUUCAAGGCGACAAUUCAAUUCCUCGCUUCCACCGACUUCGUGAAGGAGCCCUUCGUCUUUGGAACAUACCCACGGGGAAGCGACGCUAUCCGAGAACAAGGACCGGUGAUGUUUGAUGUCGAUCGAGAACUUAAUGUUCUCUACAAGAUGAGCCCCUGGUCGGCGUCUUUGCUCCAAUAUCACGCCUCGUCGACCUUGGAACUCUUGAGCAGCAGCUUCUCGGAUCCGUUUGAAGCGACCUUUAUCACCAAGACCGAUGUUGUUCUUCAACUCUUCGACGCAGUCAUCCAUGUCGACGACAUUGACCUGGAACGGAAUGCUGCUGCGUCGGACCGGCGAGGUCCCGUGUGGAAUUUCAGUCUCAAGGCAUACACCACGCUCCAGAGAGCUCUUAGUGACCGCGCCUCACUGAUUCACAUCCAAACACCGAGCUACUCGCCUUGGCUGAUUACUUCUGUCCACCCAUCAGAUGCAGUCCAUAUCUUGAUUGGUGUUGUCUUCAACCCAGCAAACAUGGGGAGGGCCAUGGAGUACGGUCCGUCGGCCGAAGCACGGAAAGAGGCCGCCAAAUUUAGGCAGUUCUGGGGAGACAAGUCAGAGUUGCGCAGGUUCAAGGACGGUAGCAUUCUCGAAUGCGUUGCGUGGAACGAUAAAUCCGCCGCCGGGAUAUGCGAAGAAAUCGUUCGAUACACCCUCAAACUACAUCUAGACGUCUCCCCCGACACCCUCCGCUUUCAGGGCAGCCAGAUCCCGGCUGGGCUCGACUUCACGCCGGUCGAUAAGGAUGCUUUUGAUAUGGCAAGGCGUGCUUUCCAGACGCUUGAGCAUGACAUACGCAGCCUGGAAGGAAUGCCCCUCUCCGUGAGACGGCUUGCACCGGUUGUUUCGGAGCUCCGAUACGCCUCAGUCAAGGCACCAGCCAUCGGAUUCCAUACGGAAGUCGUUCCACCCAUGGACGUACAUCUCUCGUUUGAGGCUUCAAGCCGGUGGCCUGAGAACAUUGUUGCAAUUCAAGAAGCAAAGAUUGACUUUCUCCUCGACAUUGACAGAAGGCUAAGAGCAGCGAACGAUUCCAUCACGACAGUCCUUGGCCGUGACAAUGCCCUUAAAGAGUCGGACAAUCUGGCGUAUCUCGACGUCGUGUACGACAACGGCGCCGCUUUCCGGUUACGCAUUCACGCGGACCUUGAAGACACACUGUUGGAUCGGCAAGUCAAGAACAAGACACUAGAUCCGUACAUCAGAGCGGAAGCCGAGGACGCCCUGUUCAGUUUGAACUGGUACCAUAAGCUGCUUCCACUGCACACGCAGUCGGUCGCAUCCCUCUGCACACGAAUCGCGCCUCUAUCGCCCACAAUACGCAUGGUCAAACACUGGUUUAACGCGCACAAGCUCGCUAAUCACAUCAGCGAAGAGCUCAUUGAGCUUCUUGUGCUUCACGUCUUCCUCCAGCCUGAGCCAUGGAAGAUUCCGUCAAGCGCCCAGACGGGUUUUCUCCGGACCCUCUUCUUUCUCUCUCGCUGGGACUGGCGGGCCGAUCCUCUCGUCGUUGACUUCUCGGACGAGCUGUCUCACGAUGAUCAUAACGCAGUGCGGCGACACCUUGAGGCCUGGCGCGUUCGUGACCCCAACAUGAAUCGCGCUGUCCUUUUUGUCUCGACCAACCACGACACCGAAGGGCUAUCAUAUACACGAGGGGGUCCCUCCAAGCUUGCGGCGACCAGGAUGACUCGUCUUGCCAAGGCAGCGAGCAGGCUCGUGCGGGACCGCGGGGUGGAUCUCGAUAUGGAUGAGCUCUUUGAACCGUCCCUCCGGGAUUAUGACGUUCUCUUUCAUGUCUCGAGCUCCCAGGUAAGACGAGUCCUUCGUAAUGUGAUGGUAGCCAGCUCGAGUGGCGCCGUACGGCAUUCGAUCUUCAAAAAUCUCGACGAGCGGACCGGCUCAGUCCCGACCCCGGCGGCGAGACACCCGCUGGACGUUCUUUUUGCGGAACUGGAGCUUGUGUAUCAAGACAGCCUGAUAUUCUUUCGGGGUGGCCAGGGGGAUGCCACGGUGGGAGCCAUUUGGCAGCCGAAGCUCCGCACACAAGAGUUCAGGGUCGGUCUGCCGUUCAAUUUCCACAAGGUAGAUGGUGAAGGUGCACAAGAUGGCGAAGCGGAGAGCGACGCGGUAGAAAUCAACAAAGAAGCUGUCCUGUUGGAGAUAGCAAGGAUCGGAGGGGAGCUGAUCAAGCGGAUUGAAGUGUCGAGUAGAUAAGAUGGUCCCGGUCGUCCUAUAGAUAUAAAGUCCGAGAAUGGGGACUGUCAAUAUUAGCUCGGCCAGAACGAUGUUGCCUCCCGACCGAUGGUGCUGUUGUUAUGAAGGAGCUGAUCAAGCAUAGUGCGGGUGCGACCAGUACAGUGGGUGAGCAAUAAUUUCGGUAUAUUUCAAAGAUCCAGCGAUUCGUUACUUU